AUGGGUUGUUGCUACUGUGAUACACAGCUGGAAUAUGGACAGUUAACUGUUCACUAUGAGGUGUGCGAUAGUUACACUGUUGACUGUCCUUAUAAGUGUGGAAUGCAGGUUGCUAGGAAGGAUGUGGAAGUGCACAUCAGCAGAGAGGGUGUAUGCCCCACCAGUCCUCUACAGUGUGAUUUUGCGUCAGCUGGAUGUCAGUUCAUGGGAAAUAGAGAGCAACUACAAGAUCACCUGGACAAGAACAUAGUCUGUCAUUUUAGUGUGGCUAUGCAAACAGUGAGCAACGUACAUGAGAGAUUGGCAAGCGCUGAAAAGAAACAAGCAGAAACGGACAAUGAGUUAGCUGCUGUUAAGAAAACACUGCAACAUACAGAAAGUGAGUUAGUGGUUGUUAAGAAAACACUGCAAAAGACAGAAAGUGAGUUAGUGGCUGUUAAGAAAACACUGCAACAUACAGAAAGUGAGUUAGUGGUUGUUAAGAAAACACUGCAAAAGACAGACAAUGAGUUUGUGGCUGUUAAGAAAACACUGCAAAAGACAGACAAUGAGUCUGCGGAUGUUAACAGAACACUGCAACGGACAGAAAGUUCAGUUUUGGCUGCCAACUAUAAGACAUUCAGCAAAUUUUUGGUUGGCGAGUGCCUAGAGAAAGUUGAUCAGAGACAGUCAGUGGAGAAUGUGAAAGCUUUACUGGACAAACAGAUACAAAUUUCAUUUGAAAUGAGCAACACUUUUGUACACCUGUGGAAGAUAGAGUCACAACACUUAGCGCAAUUAUUGAAAUUUGGCAAUUCAUGUCCAUGCACAAUUUUAUCUAACAAAUUCAACACCGGAAAUCCAGGUUUGCAUUUACAACUUGAACUUUUUUGUCAAGUAACAUGGUGUAGUCAAUACACAUUUGAAGCAAAGGUGUACUGUUGUGGUCAACAACGUAACAAGAAAUUUCACAAGUCAAAGUAUUUGAUGUCAAUUUUGCUGCAUGGCAAUCUUGGUUACAUGUCAAGAGGCCCAGAAAGAGAUUGA